AUGGCAACGAACAUCACUUUCCACCCUGGUGCUGUGAGUGAGGAAGAGAGAUCUGGGUUGUUGAAACAGAAAGGGGCGACUGUAUGGUUGACCGGUUUGAGUGCGAGUGGCAAGUCCACCAUCGCAACGGCAUUAGAACAACAUUUACUUCAUAAAGGUUUACACGCAUAUAGGUUAGAUGGUGAUAAUAUACGUUUUGGUCUGAAUAAAGAUUUAGGAUUCGAUCCUGCUAGUAGGGUAGAGAAUAUCCGUCGUAUUUCUCACGUAUCACUCCUCUUCUCAUUAUCAUGUUCUAUAUCAAUAACAGCAUUCAUUUCACCAUACAUUUCCGAUCGUCAAUUAGCUAGAGAAUUACACCAAGAUCAUUCUCCUAAAAUACCUUUUAUAGAAGUAUUUGUUGACGCUCCUUUGGAUGUGGUGGAAAGUAGGGAUCCAAAAGGUUUGUAUAAGAAAGCUAGGGAGGGUGUUAUAAAAGACUUCACAGGUAUAUCAGCACCGUACGAACCCCCCGUAUCUCCCGAGAUACACAUUAGGACAGAUCAAGUUGAUGUUGCCGGAGCUGUAGCUAUCAUCUCUGAUUAUCUCCAACAACACGGUUUACUAUCUUAA